CAUCUGUGAACAGCUGACGAAAAGUACAUUCAGAUAGACUUUAUAUUAUAUCUAUAACUUUCUACAUCCUGCGAUGGACACUGAACUAGAUGGAUCGGAAUUGGGAACCAAAGAAUAUUGGGAAUCGAGCUAUACGCGUGAAAUUGGAAACUACAAAAGCCACGGAGACGUGGGUGAGAUCUGGUUUGACGAGGAUUCGCAGCAACGUGUUGUCGACUGGCUUCUAAAGCAAGAGCAAGUGGACAAGCAAACUGCACGUGUGCUCGACCUGGGUUGCGGCAAUGGGAUGUUUUUAGUGGCCCUGGCAAACGAAGGUUACGCCCAGCUAACUGGGGUGGACUACUCCCCAAAGGCAGUUGAGUUGGCCAGAAGCAUUGCCAAGGACCAUGCUCUAACUAUCAGCUAUAAUGUGGCGGACUUGACUCUACCUCAGACAGAUUUGGGAAGCUACAAUGUUGUGCACGAUAAGGGCACCUAUGAUGCCGUAAGCCUCUGUCCCGACAACGCCAACGAGAAACGCUCGCUAUAUCUUGGCACAGUGGAGCACUUGCUGCACGACAGCGACAGUCUAUUUAUAAUAACAUCCUGCAAUUGGACAGAAGACGAGCUGGUUCACAGCUUUGCUGACAAAUUUAUCAAAUGCCACACUAUUCCAACUCCGACAUUUAAAUUUGGUGGCAAGGUUGGCAGUGUAGUAACGUCUGUAGUAUUUAAGAAACGCUGAUAUUGUAAAUCUAACAAAUCUCAUUACGGUUAUCUGCCGAACAUUUGUAUGACUUCGGGGCUUUGAUCAAAGUUUUUAUUACAAAUAGUACAAAUACGCCAUAUGCAGGUGUUGAUAUGCCUUAAAAUUUACGAGUUCUUAAUCUAAUCAAUGUAUAAAAUUUUGAUUAGAUUAAAUGAUUAAAAGUAGGUGCAUGCUAAAAAAUAUACAUAAUAUUUGAACACAAUUAAAAUCGAAAU